AUGGAUCGUAGUUACUGGAUGUAUGGAAUUAAACGUUCAGGCGAUGAAUAUUUGGCAUGUUUGAGUGGUUUUCUUAAAGUUGCAGAGGAGAAUCGGGUGAAUAAAGGAGAAAACUACAUAUGGUGUCCUUGUGUAGAUUGUCAGAAUUGUUGUAUGUACACUGAUUCUGCUAAAACAGAAGAGCAUUUGAUAAUUCGUGGGUUUAUGAGAGAUUAUACAUGUUGGUCACGACAUGGUGAGAUAUUGGUUGAUCAUAAUGUAGCCCCUUUAGAGUAUAAUGAUGAUAUUGAUGAUACAAACGAUAACAACUAUGAUAACAUAUCGGGAGUGUUACAUGAUUGUGAAGACAAUGUUGCUGAAGAUGAUUAUGAAAAAUUUCAACAAUUAUUUGAUGAAUCAGAAAAACCCUACUCAUAUCUGGAAAAGACUGCAUUGCAAAAGUUUAAGGAAAGAAUAUCAUCAACGGAAUUCCAGGAUAUAAGUGAGAAAGCAAGGAUGAGUUCAAUGUGUAAUACGAAUCCAGCCCGAGUAGGCCCACAUGGUUAUCGGGGCAACAAAGCUAAGUGGGAAAAAGAGAAGGCAUCGGGUCAGUUGCCGUCACAGUUGUAUGAGAUAAAAAGCGGCCCAAGAUCAUAA